CUCUUACACCUUUAAUAAGUAUGAGAAGAAGAAGAAGAAAUCUCAUUGGAACUUGUUGGAACCAUUGAAAUGGCGGAAUCAAUCGUAUUCGAUGUUGCCACAUCCCUUGUAACUAAAUUGGGUUCUCUUGCUAUCACAGAGAUUCAAUUGCUUUGGGGGGUCUAUGAUGAGCUUGACAAGCUCAAACAUACUAUUUCAGCCAUGAAAGCUGUGCUUCUUGAUGCAGAGAAGCAACAAUCCAACAGCGAUCAAGUGAAGAAUUGGAUUUCAAGGGUCAAACAGGCUUUCUACGAUGUCGAUGACUUGAUUGACGAGUUAGGUUAUGAAACCUUGAGGCGCCAAGUUAUGGCCGAAGGUAAAAGAUGGACUAAAGAGGUACGUGAAAUUUUCUCUAUACCUCAUCAGAUUGCAUUCCGAUAUAAAAUGAGUCACAAAAUUAAAGACAUUAGGGAGAAACUGAAAGAUAUUGACGAUGAUAAAAAUAAAUUCUAUUUCUCUGAGCUUAUAGUAAAUACUCGAGAUAAUGAGUUGAGGAAGAGUCGAGAGACUUCCUCUUCUAUAUGUGAUGAUGAAGUGGUGGGAAGAGACGACGACAAGGAAGCAAUUAUAGAUCUUCUCUUAAAUACAAAUCCUAAUACAAAGGAAAAUAUUGCUGUGGUUGCCAUAAUUGGAAUGGGAGGAUUGGGUAAGACUUCAGUUGCUCAAUCUGUCUACAAUGAUUAAA